GAGGAAGCAUUAAAGUGAAGUCAUAGUACAAGGAGCACAAUGAAACACUCCAACUUCCCCCUCUUUGCUCCUCUCUUCAUCCUCACCUCUGUCUGUGCUGGCAGAGCAGGGUUGCAGUCAUGCAUGUGGACACUGUCUUUCUUGUGUGUCCUCUGAUUUUUGCAGCAGCUCUGUGGAGGAGGGUCCAGGCUGUCUCCCCUGUGCCCUCAGUCCCGGACCAUGUCCAAGCCCUGGUGGGCUCCUGUGUGGUGAUUCCCUGUUCUUUCACUCCUCUAGCUCCUCAUCCUCUCCGGGGGAGGAAGGAGAGGGUGGAUGUACGUCUGAGGUUCAGAGGUGGUGGUCGCUUCUUCCCUCUCCGCAGCACCGCUUUUAACAGCGAAGACAGAGAUCAAGUGAGCCGGGAUUUCCAAGGCCGGACGUCCCUCUUUGGGCGAAUCCCAGAUGGAGACUGCUCAGUGAAGAUCGAAAGGAUCAGCCAGGAUGACUCACGGGGGUUUGAGAUCGCUCUGAAGAGAGGUGAUGACUUACUUUGGGGGCAGCCAGUGAGCUUCAAUCUGGAUGUUGUGGACACCCCUGAGGCUCCUGUCAUCAGCGGCAUGUUGUCAGCCACAGAGGGACAGCUGGUCACUCUGAACUGCUCCGUCAGCUAUCACUGCCCCUCCAGACCUCCUUCCCUGCAGUGGAGCUGGGAGAGAGGAGCCCAGCUGAACAGCACUGAGCCAGGGGAGGUACAGACACUCCACCCAGAGCCCCACAGACCAAUGUUACUGGCCUCUCUGUCCUUUACUGUGUCUCACCAGGUGAAACCCAGGCUCAAAUGUGAAGUCAGUUACCCAGGAGCCAAAGCAUUGGCCAUUUCGAAGGAUCUGCAUGUGACAUUUUCCCCAAAAGAUGUAACGGUUCAGGUCCAGUCCUUGAUAGUGCAGGAGGGGGGCAGCGCCUUGUUGGUCUGCUCAUGUAAAGCUGACCCUCCAGUGUCUGAGUACCGCUGGUCCUACAGUCAACACGGCCGCACGGUACACCUCCACCAGCGCACACACACAGUCCGGCUGUUCAACGUGACCCGAGACAUGAGGGUCCGCUGCUCGGCACAGAACCUGAUUGGUCGAGGAGAGUCCCGGCCCACGCUGCUGAACAUACGAUAUAAACCAAUCAUUCUCCGGCUGUCCUCCAUCUGUGUUGUGGAGGAUCAGAAGGUGCUGUGUCGCUGUUCAGUGAACUCCAACCCCAAACCAGCAGUUACCUGGAGCGUGAAUGGUACUAUCCCACCUCGUGAUUACAACGUGUCGGUAACAUCUGAGCCCGACACGCUAACAGCUACUCUGAGGGGCCGCAUGGACAAACCUCAGACUGUGAUCUGCUUUGCUUUCAAUGCAAUGGGAAAUGACUCCCUGGUGUUGCUGCAGGGAGGUGAAGAGAUGGCACCUUUGUUGUGGAUGGUGAUACCCGCUGUGUCCAUUUGCCUGGUCAUAUUCCUUCUGUCUCUUUUUUUCUACUGCUGCCGAAAGAGAGCUGGAAAACAUGUCCUGAGUAGACGCCCAGCCAAGUACCCUGAAGGAUUGGGAAUUUAUCAGGAUCGGAUGCCCCUCUACGUUAACUGCACAGAAGUGACCCAUAUCUACACCAACGGCAGCUACCAACUUGUAUACCAGAACUGCACACCUCUUUUUGUCCAUACUAAACAGAUACGUCCAAUUGGCAGACGAGGUGGGGAGAGAAGAAGAAGAGAUGGAGAGGGUGGAGGAAUAGACAGACGAGCGGGUUUGGGAGUCAGAGGCACGAGAGAGGUGCAGAGCACUGCUGUGGGCGAUGCAGAGACGGCCAUAUACUUGGAGAUCCUCUGAGCCCACUGUUGAGAUGUUGCAUAAUUCUACUGCUACAUUAAACUUAUAUUCAGAUUCUUUCUCACACUGAUGGCAAUGCAUAGAUUAUGUAAAUUCCAGUUGUAUAUAUUGUACAUGCAUUGUGUGAUCUCUUGAAUAGCUACUGGUGGUCUAUCACUCUCCAAAUUUCCAUAUUAAACAAUUUCUAUCUCUGCUUGCCUGUAACCUUCCUCUGUGCUCUUUUUUUUUUUUUUUUUUAAACAUGAAAAGGUUUGAUAAAAGAGUUUUUUUCAUCUUGUGUCUAUUCUACAACCCACACAAUCACUCAAAUUUGAUUUGGUCUUGCCAGUCUACUGCUGCUCCAAUUACAUUUUCAACAGCUGCAGCAUGUCUAACACAAAGUGAUUCUCAGACGGUGUUUUAAAUGAGGAAGUGUAUCACAGUGCUCAUAAGAGAAUAUGUGUUGUCAUUUCAGGAAAAGCACAGCUCUAAUAAUAUAUAAUAAUAAUAAUAAUAAUAAGCAUCCCAGUGAAAUUGAACUUUUUAGUAGUUUUUCCACACAAAAUGGCACAAGCAAAUGUUUACAGAAGUGAUAUUCACUGUGACUGCAGAGGAAGAAAAUACUGGGAAUCCACCCACAAAGUCCAUCCAAAAGAACCCACUAUUAUCAAUAUAUAAAUGAUUGCAGUCUAACUUUCACAUCCAUUUACAUAUAUAAUUCAACUGUUUAAGUAGAUGUCUAAAUGUUUCGUUGUUAAGAGCAUUUACAUAGUUUGACUUUUGGCAGAAGUCUGUGUUUUAAGUGCACUGAUGUACUGAUGCAUUUAUGUACACUGGCCUAGGUAUUGUAUUCUAUAUACAGUAGCUUUGUAAUUUUGGUUUAUUUGGUUUAGUUUUUUUCUACUUUUAUUAUACUCCUGUACCCUACUAAUUACUGUAUCUGUAUACAUUAAGAUGUACCUUUCCUAUUUGUUUUUCCUUUGCUUUGUUUUUAUCCUUUUUUGUCUUUAUCUGGUUUGUGUUUGGUGCUUCUAUAUGACGCCCACUAGGGAUGAAGACAGUGUUAUCUGAUUUCUAGAAAUAAAAGAUUAGAGAAC